CACUCUUUCUCUCAUUUCCCACUCAUAUACUAUUUUAUCUUCUUUUUUCUUUUCUUGUUAUCCUAUUAUAUAAAAAAAUUCCCAAAUUUAAUCACACAUUUUUGCAGUUAACCCCUCCUUGUUCUCUCAUAGUCGACUCCAUUUGUUCUUUCUCACUCUCAACCACUCCCACUACUCACUCUCGUUUUUUGAGAAAACCCAAUUCAUAAAAAAACCAAAAUACAUAUACAAUUCCUUUUGAAUGAGCUUCUCUUGAUUUCCAUUUUCAUCUCCGGUUUUUAUAAACCCACCACGCUUUUUUUUUUUUUUUGCAUGGAAGAGGAGCGAGUUCAUAACUAAUCUCUGCUACCUUCUUCUUAGGUGGGGUUUUCAGAAAGUUUCCUAAUCAUGGGUUUCGAGAGACCAUCAUCAUCUUCAUCAUUAUUGUCAUCAUCAUUACCAUCAUCAUUACCAACAUCAGAAAACACGAUAGCCAAGUUCAGUCUCUUCUAUAUAUUACUACUCUUCUUCGUCCUCUGUGUCAUUACCACCUUCAUAAUAACUCCCACUUCGCUUUCUUCUCCAUAUAUUAGGAAUUCUAACUCUGGGAAACUAGGGAACUUCUAUCCACAGGAGGAAGGCCAGAGUACAGUAGUUAUGAAGAAAACGAGGAAAUUAGGUAACAGGAGCAAGGAGGCGGAGCUACGGAGGAUUCUAAGGGGACUGGGUUCAUCUCCGCCACGGUGCUCCUCUAAGUGUGGAAGAUGCACGCCGUGCAAGCCUGUGCAUGUUCCGGUACCUCCGGGGACGCCUGUCACCGCCGAAUACUACCCCGAAGCUUGGAGAUGCAAGUGCGGCAACAAGUUGUACAUGCCAUGAUCUUUUAUAAUAUAUAUACUCACAUAUAUACAUUAUAUAAUGAAUUAUAUGCAUGUUCGUCGUCAUAUCUAAUGUCUCUACUCAAAUAUUUAUAAAUUAUUAUACAUUAGACAUGUUGCUAGGAAAACCCCUACGUAAAACUUUUGCUGAUGAAUUGAUUGAUGAUGCUCGUUUACAUAAUUCAUGAGUAUGUUAUGCUAUUGAUUAUGUCA